CGCGCAGAGCGGAAGUCGGGUGGUUUCCGUCCGCGGAGCCAUGACAGCGCGGGGCACUCCGAGCCGCUUCCUCACCAGCGUCCUCCACAACGGGCUAGGGCGCUAUGUGCAGCAACUGCAGCGCCUCAGCUUCACGCUCAGCCGCGACGGGGCCUCGUCCCGCGGCGCCAGGGAGUUCAUGGAACAGGCCGUGGUCGAUUUCGCCCGCCAGAACCCCGGGGUGGUCCUGUACGUGAACCCGCGGCCGUGCUGUGUGCCCAGAGUGGUGGCCGAAUACCUGAAUGGGGCGGUGCACGAGGAGAGCCUCCACUGCAAGACCCCGGAGGAGAUCAGCGUCCUGGUGCAGAAGCUGGCGGCCCGCUCCGGGCUGGACGUGAUCCGCAUCCGCAAGCCCUUCCACACCGAUAAUCCCAGCAUCCAGGGCCAGUGGCACCCUUUCACCAACAAAGCGUCAGCACCGGGUGGGCUUCGCCCCCGGGAGCCCCCGAUCCCCGCCCAGGUGGUCCCGUGAAACGGGAACCCGAGCUCCCCUGAACUUCAGAACUUUUCUUUGCCCCCCCCCCGAAACCCGGGGGUGACUCCUCAAAGAUUUGACAGACGACCUCUAACAUCCACCCAGUUGGAUUGGUGAUUUUGCAACAUGGUGAAGCUGCUGAAGUCUCUGAAAUUUCAUUUCUAUCAGUUCUGAACCAAGGCCCUGGCGCCAGAGGCUGUGCCUUUUGUGUGUGCUUGUGUGUGUGUGUACCUCUAGGAGGCCAGAAGACAGGUUCAAUAAAUGGCCCCAGGGCCGCACUUGA